CACAAACCCAGUUAUUUUGUAAACAACAAUAUCUAUCAUAUCAUAUAAUAUGUAAUAUUGAAGGUGUCAGGUUGGAAUUAAGGAAACUCAUUAAAGAAAUUGCUAAGGCAGAAAAGUGGCAGCUGUGUGGAGGAGGAGAAAUGGGACGGGGCUGGAAGUCAGGUAAGCAAAGAAAUGCAAUUCCUGGGGGAAGCAAGAACAGUGGUGUGGCAAGCUCUCCAGCUCCACGGGGAAGGAGUGGCUGGCAUGAGUGUUGAUGGCUCGCUUCAGCACCCUCCCUCCCUGAUCAUCUGCUGCUUUGGUGACUGUGGGCAGAGCUGUGAAGACGUCCAGGUGGCCAAAAGUGCCAGCAGUCUGGCUCAGGAGCGAAAGGGAAGAGAUGCUUCACUCAGUGGUUACUUCUCCACCUUUUCGCUUUCUGCCCCCAACGUGCAACUCUUUGGAGGUAAAGGCGGCUGCAGAAAUGGCUCUUAACAAACUCAAUGCACAUCGGAAAGAAGGCUACGUUCUUGGCCUCCAGCGCAUUUUUGAUGUCCGUGAACUACCCCAGUGGAUGGGUGGUUCUCUUUUCUACAUCACCUUGGAUGUGUUAGAAACUGAAUGCCAUGUCCAGAGCAGAAACUUGUGGAAAGAGUGCAAAAUUAGAGAGGCACACGAGACAGUCUAUGGCCAAUGCAAAAUAAUAAUUCACUUCAACAGGAAUUCAAAUCAUUCACAAUUGUACAGUUAUGACUGUGUUUUACGAUCACUUUCUCCAGCUGCUAUGGCAAAAAUCUGCCCUGAUUGUCCAACCCCUAGUGACCCUUCUGAAGCCACUUUUUGGGAAACGGCGGCGGAGAGCCUGGCCAAAUUCAAUGCUGAAAGCAACCAUGUUCAUUAUUUCACCGUCCUCAAUGUCACCAAAGCCAGAUCACAGUGGGUUGUUGGUCCUUCCAACUUUGUGGAGUACACCAUCCAAGAGACCUCUUGUCCCAAAAGCCAGCCAGUGUCUGUCAUCACUAAGUGUCCUCUGCUCCCAUCCAACACUGCAGAGGCAGGCCUAUGCAAGGGCUCUGUGGUAAAUAGUCGGAUUGAGAAUCGGAAAUUUGUCACUGUAAAAUGCCAUUUCUUCCCACACCUGCCACCGGUUACAGAUGAACAGACUCCACUGUCUGGGUUGGAACCUGGGCAGGAGGAACAUCACGAUGACGGUAAAAGACACAGAAAUCACCAUGAAGAGAACAGACACCAUCAUCACCACUCCCAUGCUCAUCACCACAAACAUCAUGGACAUAAGCAUGAAGACCAGGAGCCACACUCUCCUCACCACUCAGCUAACAUCACUGAGAUACUACCAGACCAGAAGGAAAUAUUGGGGCGGGUGAUCAUCUAUCCUCCUUCAAGCAAACAUGUCUCACUACACUCCUUACCAGAAGUCCAGGAGCCCAAUCCAACCUCUAAACCCAGUUUGAUUUCUCCAGAACAGGAAGCCAGUCCUCACUCAGUAAAGUUAGCCAGGCCAGCCAUUCCUCCCUUCCCCAAUGGGUUUUCAGAAUCACCAUCCUGCCCAGGAGACCUUGCAAUACAGGUCUAUGGCCUUCACCUUCAUGGGCCAGAACUUCACUAAAACUAAAUGAUGUACUGUAGGACACUGAAAGCUUAAUCUAAUAGAAACUCAUCAGAUCUCCCUACACAAGCAGAAUUCUCUUGGUUUCCAUGUUUGCUAGCUUAAUGUUUUGUAGCAUCAUACUAACAAAGUUUUGAUUUUAAUUUAAUUUUCAUGAAUAAAAUACUGUCUGGAUUCAUAUACUCUGGGAAGUGAUGGGUUAUUUAAAUGUGAGGUACCAAAUAAGUAAUUAGCUGCAUUUAGACAUCAGGCUACUUCAUAAAUCAUGUUUCAAAAACCCGAAUGAUUAAAGACUAAGAAAUAUCAUUAUGUCUGAACUCAUUAUACAGAUCCUGCCUCUAAUGUCCCACUAUAAACUUUAAAAGUGGACCUUUAAUUCUAAGUUAAGAUGGUGAUUUUGUCAAUUGCAGAUAGUCCUCGACUUACACCAUUUCAUUUUGUGACUGUUCAAAGUUGCAAUGGCACUGAAAAACCUAUGAAUGUUUUUCACACUUAUGACCAUUACAGUAUCCCCAUACUCAUAUGAUCAAGUUUGGAUAGGUGGCAACCGGCUCAUAUUUAUGAGAGUUG